CUAGGAGCAACGAGUGAACCGGCAGGGGCGGUGCAGGGCGGUAUGGCGGGCGGGGUCCGGGAGGUGCUCACACUGCAGUUGGGACACUUUGCGGGUUUCGUGGGAGCGCACUGGUGGAACCAGCAGGAUGCUGCGCUGGGCCGAGCGACCGAUGCCAAGGAGCCGCCAGGAGAGCUGUGGCCCGACGUUCUGUACCGUACGGGCAGGACGCUCCACGGCCAGGAGACCUACACGCCGCGACUCAUCCUCAUGGAUCUGAAGGGUAGUCUGAGCUCCCUAAAAGAGGAAGGUGGACUCUACAGCGACAAACAGCUAGAUGCUGCAGUAGCAUGGCAGGGGAAGCUCACUACACACAAAGAGGAACUCUAUCCCAAGAACCCUUAUCUCCAGGACCUUCCAAGUGCAGAGGGAGUACUAAGUAGUGAUGGUGUCUGGAGGGUCAAAUCCAUUCCCAAUGGCAAAGGUCCCCUGCCACACACCAUCGCCACUUCAAACCCACCUAUCCCCACAGAGGGCAGCAUCCGAGUCUGGUCAGAUUUCCUCAGAGUCCAUCUCCAUCCCCGGAGCAUCUGCAUGAUUCAGAAGUACAACCAUGAUGGGGAAGCAGGUCGGCUGGAGGCUUUUGGCCAAGGGGAGAGUGUCCUGAAGGAACCCAGAUAUCUGGAAGAGCUGGAGGACAGGCUGCAUUUCUACGUGGAGGAGUGUGACUUCUUGCAGGGCUUCCAGAUCCUGUGUGACCUACACGAUGGCUUCUCUGGGGUAGGGGCUAAGGCUGCAGAGUUGCUACAAGAUGAAUAUUCAGGGCGAGGAAUAAUAACCUGGGGCCUGCUGCCUGGUCCCUACAAUCUAGGGGAGCCCCCGAAAAACAUCUAUCGCCUGUUAAACACAGCUUUUGGUCUGGUGCACCUGACUGCUCACAGCUCUCUCGUCUGCCCUUUAUCCUUGAGCGGGAGCCUGGGCCUGCGACCUGAGCCACCUGUCAAGUUCCCUCACCUGCAUUACGAUGCCACUUUGCCCUACCACUGCAGCGCCAUCCUGGCAACAGCCCUGGACACAGUCACUGUUCCUUAUCGCCUACGUUCCUCUCCGGUUUCCAUGGUUCAUCUGGCUGAUAUGCUGAGCUUCUCCGGGAAAAAGGUGGUGACAGCAGGAGCAACUAUCCCCUUCCCCUUGGUUCCAGGCCAGUCCCUUCCUGAUACCCUGGUGCAGCUUGGAGGAGCCACCCCAUGGACCCCGCUGUCUGCAUGUGGGGACCCUUCUGGAACACGCUGCUUUGCCCAGUCAGUAGUGCUAAGGGGUAUAGACAGAGCAUGCCACACAAGUCAGCUCUCCCCAGGGACACCUCUGCCCUCCCCUCUCCAUGCGUGUACCACUGGGGAAGAAGUCUUGGCCCAAUAUUUACAACAACAGCAGCCUAGAGUCAUGAGUUCUUCCCAUCUGCUGCUGACUCCCUGCAUGGUGGUCCCUCCUUAUCCCCAUCUCUUCUCCUCGAGCUUCAGCCAGCAUCGUGUGGUUCUCAAUGGUCCCCCCAAGGGGUCAGCAGUGGAGAGCAUCCCAGUGUUUGGGGCACUGUGCUCCUCUUCGUCCUUGCACCGGACCUUGGGAGCCUUGGCAAAAGAGCUCACCAAACUCGACCUGCGACGUUGGGCCAGCUUCUUGGGUGCUGGAGUAGAACAGGAUGACGUGGAGGAGCUGCUGCAGGAGCUGCGAAGCCUGGCGCAGUGCUACCAGGACAGUGAUGGCCUGAGGGACUAAAGUUCUAGAGUCGGGGAGAAGAGCUAGUUUGCAGUACACUGCUGGAUGCAGGA